CAUUUAAGAUGUCUAACGGUUAUGAAGAUCACAUGGAUGAUGUCUGCAGGGACGACAUGGGCAGAACUAACUUAAUUGUCAACUACUUGCCUCAAAAUAUGACGCAGGAUGAGCUGCGCAGCCUUUUCAGCAGCAUUGGAGAGGUGGAAUCUGCCAAGCUAAUACGUGACAAGUCUGCAGCUCCCUUGGAAAAUGAAAGUGAUGUACCGAGACAAGCUAGUGUUGCAGGGCACUACUUAGGAUAUGGCUUUGUGAAUUACUUAAAUGCUAAAGAUGCUGAAAGAGCAAUAAACACACUUAAUGGAUUGAGACUGCAAUCAAAAACUAUAAAGGUAUCGUUUGCCCGUCCAAGUUCAGAAAAUAUCAAGGAUGCAAACUUGUACAUCAGUGGACUACCAAGGACAAUGACACAGAAAGACGUUGAAGAUAUGUUUUCAGGUUUUGGCCGCAUCAUCAAUUCUCGUGUUCUUGUUGAUCAGGCUACUGGAUUAUCCAGUGGAGGUGCUUUUAUACGGUUCGACAAGUGAUCAUAAGCGGAGGAGGCAAUUGGCAGCUUCAAUGGCCAUAAACCACCAGGCUCAUCUGAACCUAUAACAGUAAAGUUUGCUGCUAAUCCAAACCAGAAUAAAAACAUGGCGCUUCUUUCUCAGCUGAGCUUUUUGAAACUGCAGCAUAAAACAUUGCGACUCUUGAAGAGUAUUAUUAGCUUUAUGUAA